AUGGCUAAUCGUUUUCGACAAUUUCGUCUACUCUUAUGGAAAAACUUUAUAUUACAGGUAAGCUUACGUUUAAAUCUCCUUGUGCCGCUUUAGCUCCAAACUUAGACUAACAACCGAUCGAUUUUUGUUGCGUGUAUUAACUUUGUGCUGACUAAUUCUCUUCUUUUUAUUGAAGAUCCGCCGUCCGAUCGGAACUGUUUUCGAACUCCUGUUGCCGGUGCUUCUGGUCGCAGUAUUAAUUCUGCCAAAGUAAGCUGUAUUACCGUAACUUCGCUGUUAAGGACAACAAGCAUACUAAUAUUACGUAAUGUUUUCAGCAUGAAGAAAUAUUUAUUAAUUUAUGUAGUCUCUUUAAAAGUAAACAAAGUUAGUUCAUUCAUCUUUUGGUAAAAGUAAAAGUAAAAGUAAAAGUAAAAGCGCUUUGCAAAUUAUUAGAGAACGCACGGAUUACCCGAAGCAACCCGUGCAAUUCCAUUCCCGUUAAUAUUUGUGUGGUUUAUGCUGAAAAGUGCUUGUUGAAUUGCGUUAACUCUAAACAACAGACCAAUAUCGACAUUUUCCUCUGCUAAAAUGUGCAGUUCUACAUGUUCAUCUUACAGUCACUUCCAAGAUGGUCCUUCUGUCAUUUUCAUCAUUAAAUAACGAAAACACGGCCUGCCCAGUAUUUUUGUGGUCUGAAUAACCUGUGUAAACUUUGGACAGUAGACCAAUAUCUAACUGAGCUGAUAUUUACAGUUUGUAUCUUGAGUCCACUAAGAUGAUAUUUACGCCACUUACAUUAAGCUUUUAAAUAAGCAUAAAAUUGAACAUAGUUUCACCACCAGAAACUCCCAAGACCUUGAUUCCUUUAUAAAACAUGCUAGAAGAUAAGAAGGCGACGAACAUUACGUAUCCUAUCACCAGUACCUACAUUAAAUUCGGACAUAAAACCACAUGCUGAUGUGCUAUCACAAAUUAUGAGGUUGUAAAAAAAUAAACACCAGGGCCAAGUUGUUUGAAGGCCAAUGUUGUAAUUUUAAUCCAGGUUCCUGUUUGAAUCUUAAGAUUUCAGCAGUUCUUGGUCGACAGGGGUAUUUUGCAGAAUGCUCACGCCAAAUACAGAACACCGAAUGACUCUGAGUUCAGUGAUUGGGGUUAGGAAACUGGGUGAAUCAUGGUCCGCUUUGGGUCAUUUAACCAGGGGCAUUCAAUGAGAAUAUAUUCAAACCACUUAAACAUAGCAUUGUUAAACGUAUUUUAGCAUUUAAACGGUAGAUAUAGGCAUAUUUUCAUCCCCUAAAUACUUUUCAUCUGUUCGGAUUUCCUAGCUGAAAGUCUAGUGAUCCGAAAACUAUAGGGAUCAAAACUUACCUUUUCGAAAAUUUCAGCCAGAAAAAAGGCUGCCGAGAAUUCUAGGUGACCUUUUAAAAAGGGUAAAAAUCCGUUAAAAAUAGGCAAUUAUACCAUUAUUUAGAUGUUCAAAAAUCCUAGGAGAGGCAGGCAAGCAAGAAAUUUUGCAACAAAUGUUCCGAAAAUUCUAGAUCUCAAAUCGUCUUCCGAACAGAUAUUUUCCGAAAAUUGUCGUUGGGUGCCCCUGAUUUAACUUGGAAAACAGACCUGAAACUUAAGGUGACUCGACCCAGUUUUUGGGGGGGAGGUACCAUCCUACUUUGAAGCUCUCUCGUAUCCCCACCUUUACUUUUACUGUAAGUCUAACACAUAGAAUAGAUAACAUAUAGGGAUAAGUCACAUAGUUUAUUAGGUAUAAUCGUGUAAAAUUUGCUUAUCCUUUUCGCAUAAAUUAUGACCUAAAUUUGGAAACCGCUGAAUUUCUCGAAUUGGGUCUUUGCGAUUUUGGUGAAACUCUGUUCAGUGCAAGGCACUAGUGCGCACUAUGUGUAGCCGAGAGAUUUUCACGAAAAAAUGCCGGCAAGUCGUCUAAAAGCUGAGUCUGGAGUUUCCCCGCACCGUAAUAUUGGUGCACUUUAAAUGAGGCUAGUGGUUUUUAAAAUACAAUAUAACUAGAUUGAUCUAUAUGUUAUCCAUUCUAUGUGUUAGACUUACAAUAAAAGUUAAGGUGGGGAUACCAGAGAGCUUCAAAGUAGGAUGGUACCUCCCCCAAAAAAAACUGGGUCGAGUAACCUUAAUUCACUCAGUUUCCUAUAACCCUAAUGACGAAACUUCAGAGUGAUUUAGUGUUCUGCAGUUCAAGGAACACCAAAUGCAGAAUGCUGAAUGACUCUGAAGUUUAGUGAUUAGGGUCAGGAAACUGAGUGAAUCAGGUUUUAUUUAGGGUCAUUUGUUAAUCUACUGGGAAAACUAACCCGACACUUGAUUCACUCAGUUUCCAAACCCUAAUCAUCAAACUUCAGAGCCAUUCUAAAAUUUAUAAACUGUUGUAAAUAACACGCGAACUUUCCGUAUAAACGGCCAUUUCGACUAAAAUAAGACGCGGCUUAGCUAAGACGAGUCUUAUUAGAUAAGACAUUCUCGUAUAAAUGGUACAGUUUGCGUCUUAUUUAAGACGCGUCUUAUGUAAGACAAGUCUUAUUUUUCCUCGUAUAAAUGACCCUAAUAUCUACAGGGCUUCUAUGAUAUCGUAGCCUGAGAAAACAGCCAAAUUAAUAAUUUAUUGUAACAGGCACGUUUUAUGGCGUUAACUUUCAUAACCAUCACACUGACGAUGACAGAUGUACUGUCGAAACAUGUUUGUUAAAAUUUAAAAAGGCACAUUUAUUAUUUUUGAAAAUGUAUAUUGAUUUCAUCUUCUGGUUGUUUGAAAAGGCAGUAUAUUUUAAUAGGGUGUUUAAAAACACCCUGUUUCACUAACAGAUUUUUAACUGAGUGAAACUGUCUUUUUGUUUCUGGUUUAUUUUUCCAGUAAUCCAAGUACAAAAUUAAUUAGAAUACUAAAAUAAACGUCCCUUCCCGAACUCAACUCCAAUCGAUCAUGUGCAUUAAAAAACUACAUUUGAAACUGUUUUUGUUUGCUGUCAUUUACAGGCAAUUUAUAGAUACAGAAGACUUUUGCUUCAGUAAGUAAAACUGUUUAUUGACUUUCAAUAACAAGACAUUGAUUGAAAUAGUUGGCUUCCAGGUGUUGAAAUAUUGCAGAAAGCAGUGAAAAUUCCAGUGACAAUAGAUCUGGUUGGAUGUGCCACAUUAGCAAAAGGAGUUAAGCUUAUCUAAGCUACCAUGCAAAAACCUGAUGCUCAUGUACCUUCAAAACCAUCACGGUUUUCCGGAAUGUCAUACGUUUGUUUGUGCGUUGUAUCCUUCUUUUCGUUUUCAUCAUCUUAAUCCUGAAAAGUGACCACGGUUAUCUACAACUUUAGCUAGUCCACCAUUUUGUUUAUGGGUUAUUCUUUCAUGUUACGCUUACGCCAAAUAGACCUAGUGUUUCAUAUAAUAGUAAUAGAAUGUCCAUACUCAUGUAUACCCUUUAUGCCCUGUAUACCCUUGUUUAUGACGGCUGAGAAGCCUGGCCUCUUUUCGUGGUAGGCACUAUACGGUGGCCUUACAUAAAGUAAUUGCUUAACAAACAUGAUCUCUUAGCUUGUAGGUUAUGUUUGAAAUCCCAAUAUUCUGAACACGUGAUGAUCUCGAGGGAAUUUGCCUUUUGUUUUUCCUUUAAUUUUAUGCACCACAUAUGCAUGAGGUCAUUUGAAAGAAACAGUUCUCUGGGGGUAGCAUCACAUGUUCUGUAAAGUUAUGGGGAAACAAAACAUACAGUACCCAAACGUACAGGCUAAAAGAUCUAUGGCCCAUGCUUUAUUAUGGAGGACGUUCCACCUCAAACGUACCACAUUAUAUAGUAGAGUCAAGAUGAGUUCUGUACAGUGGAAGGAGACAGUUUUAUAGUUGUGAUGUAGACUCAUGUUGAGCAACUUUAUGCCUGUAGUUUGGGGAAGUCCCCACAAAAAAUAUAUUCUGAAUAUGCAGGUGGCAACAGCAAAUGCUAUGAGGCUUAAUGGUAAAAAUUACCAUCAAUUUUCAACAUGAAAUAUCUCUCAGUGUAGCUGGACGUAUGUAUUUGUAUGCAGUCAAGCUAGAGGUGAUGGUAACGACGAUUUGUUUAACCCUUUAAGCACCAGUAUUCACAUACAAAUUCUCCAAACUGAUCUCUAUACAUUUCCUUAAGGAAUUAGUUGAGAGAAUUUGAUAACAGAUCAAGGCAUUUUCUCUUGUGUGAUCAUUUUAUUAAUUCUCAUAACUUAUCUCUUGACAGUGUAUGGAUAUUGUUUGGAGAAAUUUGAUCUUGGUCACUAUUGGGACUUAAAGGGUUAAUAUGUGAUGUUUUAUCUAACCAGGUACUUUUGAACCAAUGGAAUCCAGAGACCUAAAGGAGGGUUUGCUUAAAAGUUUACUUGAUGAAGCCAAAAAGGAUAUAAGUGAACAGCCAGGGUUCAAUGUAAGAACCAAUAUCUCCAAGCUGAAUGCAGAUGCUCUGAAAAGUAUUGAAAACAAGACGUAUCUUGCGUACUACCCUACAUCUCCCUUAGGUGAGAAUAGUAUUACUUAGAUGCUUGAACUAAUGAGUUUUAUUGGUCUGCCACGCAAAAAUGCAGUGGUUAUCCUGUUUGCUGGCAUGUAUGGGGUCUUUGAAGUCCCCUUCCCAGAGAUGCCAACCUCUGGAGAUCUAAAAUCUGGAGAUUCUAUCUCUUGCACCUACUCUGGAUUUAAUGAGUAGCAAGAAACUAAAAUUUCCUUACCACAGUGGAGGCGUACUUUAGGGAUUUUUGGGUGGGGAUGUGCUGCUGGGGCCCUGGAACCCUUAGUCUAUAUCAUAGCUAGUUCAGCUGAAUUUUGCUACCCUAGACUAAACUAAAUUCCCCAAAUUCCCCCCUAUCCUAGAGUACCUGUUUUCCAGAAACUACUGAGGCCAGUAAAACAGUCCAGCCAGAGGCACAUAAUUAGACAAGACAAGACAAUAUACUUUAUAUAGGGUCUUAUACCAGCUGGGCAUUGACCGUUUUCCAAAUAAUUUAAAAUUGCAAUCUUCUAUGUUAUGUCUUCUAUGUAUGGCAGUCAAUAGCUAUUGACUCAGAGACCAUGAGGGCAACUAGUGGUCUAUUAUCAAUGCUGCAUUCUGAUUGGUUGAGCUAGUACUAGGCUAUAUUUUUUAGCCCACUAGUAACGAAAAGCACCGGCGUUGAAAACCAAAACAAUGGCGGCUGAAUCGCGUUUUGCUAGCUAAAGUUGUUUUGUCCUGAUAUUUUUGACCAACUAUUUGGAGUUUACUAAUAAUUAUUCUCCUCAUGAAAAUUAUAAUCAAAUUCUCUAUUUUUUAGUAACAAAGCUUAUGACAACUGUGGUGGGUUUAACUGGGUUGAAGUUAGCACCAAGAAGUCUUUCUAGUAACAAGAGCUGGGCAUCUGGUGAUGAAAUGGCUAAAGAAGCUUCUGAAAGUGAUGUUUAUUUUGGAGGUAUGUGGCUGAAAGUAAAGUAACCACUUUCAUAUAAAAAUCAUACUACAGUAGUAUUACUCACCUGGUACUUGCUUCCUAGUUGCCAGUUGUACAUGCACGUAAAUAAAAGCAACAUUUUUUAGGACUGCAAAAUUAAACAUUUUUUCAGAUCUGCCGACCUGCAGGACUUAAAGAUGCAGAAAGUUUGAAAAAAGGUGGUCCAAAAACUGACCUGUGAGGGACCACCUCCCUGUGGCAUCUGGUGACUUUUGGCACUUUUGGUGAUUGCUCACCGAAAUUUUGAUUGCACUUAAAUCUGCUGCUGGUUUUGCUUUCAGCGUUUGAUUUUGCCAUAAGUGCAGAUGCCAGUGAACUUCCUAAGCAAGUCAAAUACAGUCUGCGACUACCACAUGAGCAGGGUGGUAGUCAAAGCCGCUGGAGGACAGAAAAUACCUAUCCAAACUUUCAAGCUGUGGGACCAAGAAAGGACGACGAGGGGUGAGGAAAAUAGAAUCACUAAACUCAGUGCAUGUAGUUUGUUAAAAAAAUAAACUGUAAUUUAUUCAAAUGAGACCUUAAACUGCUGUCUGUUUUAAAAGGUAUAAAAAUCUGAGCUUUUACCGAUCAACUGCAAUGCACCCUGAUGGUGCCAUGCAUUGAUGAGCGAAAGCUAAGAUUUUUAUUUCUCUCAUUUUUUAAGAACAUCAUGCUGCUAAAGGACAACUCAAACAGAUGUUUACAUGUAAUAGUUUUCAGUAUAAAAUUUUAAAAAAAGAUUAAAAAAUGGCUUUGGUGUACUUGAGGAGAAUUUGACCUCAGUGGCUAAGUAAUUUCGUAAUGUUCUGUGAUGGUAUAGUUUUGGUCUGUAACUUACUACAACAAACAACUACAGGUGAAAUACUAAUGAUCCUUCAUAGAUUUUUGUUUCUGAAGUCUUUUUAGUCCUUGUGGAGAAUGUGACAAAAUCAUCAGAAAUGUUCAUAAUAGUCUGACAGUACAGCUGAUUGGAAAAAGCUUAGAAAUCUCCUCACUUUAAUAAUAAUUAUUAUUGAAUGACAAUUGCACUCCAUGAUUAACUCUUCAGCCACCUGUGGCUUAGCUUAUGUGCAUCUCGGUUUAGCGCACACUUGUCAUGGGUUCAAAUCACAUUGAGGACUUAAGGAUUUUACCCAUCAUGCACUCAUGAUGUAUGACACAUACACUCGAUUCCAAUGUUAAAUCCUAUUGUAAACUUUGCAUAAAGCAUUUUCUAAUAUUUUUUUAUUUAUUAUUUUUUAGUUUUUGCUGUAAAGGGUAUAGAGAACGGUUUGUGCCAUUGCAGUAUGCAAUAGAUAUGGCAAUCAUUCUAGAGCAGUCUCACUUAACUGAACCAAUACCACUCAAACUACAGGUGAGUACAGUUCGUAGGUAUCAUAACUAUUUUGAUCAAAUGAAAGGUGUGUCAAAUGUUUUUACAAAUAGCAAAUUCUAGUUGCAUUUGAAGGUUCUUCAUUAGUUGCUAUUGAGGGUCAGUCCAAAAGGGUUCUUCAAUCCUGUCAUCCCAACCCAAAUUUUUGUCCAAUCCAGUAAAUAAUCGCAUUAGUUAUUUUUGGCAUCUUGCAUCACUUGCAUACUUUUAAUCUUGAAUCUCGCCCCCAUUUGCUUGAAAAUUUUUAAUCCUGGCCUUCGGACAGGGUAAAGCCAGCAUCCCAAAAAGGUGCAUGUACUUGCAGCCUUGGAAGUCUGAGAGUCUCAUUUCUAUUGCAAGGCUGAGGAAGUCUCAGAGCAGGAGGGACUAUUUUUAGUCUGAAAUAUCAACCAUCUCUUUGCCCCUUCAAUCCUACAAACACUAUGCCCGCCAACACUGGGCAGCCAGGUGAGACUCUCUAUCUGACUCUCUCUCUCAGUCUGUCUCUCAUUGAUCAAACAUAUGGUUAACAAUACAUUUUCUUUUUCAGCAAUUUCCAUAUCCAAAGUACACACAGAACCUCUUCAUACAGACAGUCCAGGGCCUUCUUCCUCUGCUCAUGACACUUGCAUUCAUGUACUCUGCCGUCAUGGUCAUAAAGGUCAGUUUGUCAGUAUUUAUGUAUUUUAAAGGGUGCUACAUAGGAGUCUGUGAUGGUAAUAAGACUCAUGCCUUAUUGCUUUUUCUUGUUAUAGGAGCUUGUACAUGAGAAACAGAAUCGUCUGAAGGAGUCAAUGAAGAUGAUGGGAUUGGCAAACUGGAUUCACUGGACUGCUUGGUUUACGAAGAACUUGUUGUUCCUUCUCAUUUCCAUCAUCAUAGUCACUGCCUUGUUGAAGGUAAGUAAGGAAGCCUUCAAUAACAUAACCCUUGAUGUCGCAAAAGUGGCCAGCAUCAAUUUAACAAGUAGAUUCCUUGUUGCUGUACAUCUGUUAAGUAAUAGGCUGAUUUAGCAACAGAAUGGGAACGUCAGUUGAUGACAGCAUGCACAAAUCAAACAACUGGCUUGACCAAUGGUAGAUCGGCAAAUUGAGCACCGGAAGUCACGUUUAGUCCUUUUUGCGCACUUUCCUGCCAUCAACCAACGUCCCUGUUCUGUUGCUAAAUCAGCCUAGUAGAUAACAGAUGACGUCAAAAAGUAGUAAAAACAAAGAAGUGGCACACAAGCCACAGGUGAGAGGGUCACUGAUGUUUUAACCACAUUUUGACGUUUUCUGUGAACUAGUCCUGAACAGACCCACGGCAACAUGAAAUUUAUUGACUUAACUGCACUGACCAGUCCCUCUUUGUUGUAUUGCAAAUUCACUACAACUUUUUUUUGUUUCAAAAGGGUGCUAAGAUAUUUCAAUUCUCAGAUGGUGGCCUCCUCUUCGUAUUUCUUCUCUUAUACAUCAUAGCCAGCAUUAUGUUCUGUUUUGCAAUAAGGUAUGGAUCAUCUCAUUUUUUUUUAGUUAAAUACUUUAAAAUUCCCCCCCCCCCCACAAACUCCCUUACUUGGAUUUACAGGGAUAAUGCAACAAAUAAUUCCAAUGGAACAUAACAUGGUUAAGAAUCCUAACUGGUAGGAGGUGAAUCGGUUGGCUGAUUUACAAGUGUGACUGAGCAAUUGAAGUCCGGACUAACAAGAACGAAUCCAGUUGGCAGUCAGGGCAGGAUUUGGGGCCUCUGGAUUUUAAGUGCAGCACUCUAACUAUUUGGCCCACACCGCCUCUUCCAUUGUCUUUGAUUUCUGCUUGGGCUAGAAAUGUUUUAGUUUCUCUGUAAAAUGUUAAAAGUAGUUAAAAAAUGAAACAAAAUUAACAGUGUUUCAAGAGGGUGACACUUAACAGCUCCAAGGACUGGCUAACCUUUAGCCUUAUAAGUGUCUCCAACUAUUUAGGGCCACUUUAGUGACCUUAUUGGACUUAGGAAUGUUGGAUUUUGAGGAGAGAGGAAAACCAGAGUACCCUGUAAAGAACCUCUUUCAGCAAGAAAAGAACCAGCAACAAACUCAACCCAUCCCAUCCCACAUAUGACAUUGGUGCCAAGACUCGAAACCUGGGCUAGUGCUCUCACCAGUGUGCCAUCCCUGUGCCCCUAAAUGGAUUUUGGAUACAUAGAUCAUAUCUUUUUAUUUGAUUUUGAUUUCAUUUGCAGUGUAUUUUUCUCGAGGCCAGUGGUUGGCAUGCUGUUUGGAGCAGUCUUGUGGUAUUGCUCUCUUGUUCCUUUCCAGACAUUUUCUCAGCAGGAGGCUUAUGAGGCUUUGUCAAGGUAUAACAAUCUUUUUUUUUUAAUCAUCUUGAUCAAUACCAAUGUCAAUAUCAUCAUCAACAUAUUCAGCAUUAUUUGUCACAAUUCUGCCGUCAUUAUCAUCGCCAUCAUCAUCGUUAUCAAUAUAUGAUGAUCAUCAUGAAGUCAUUGCCAUUGCCAUCAUCAUCAUCAUCAUCAUCAUCAUUUAUAUUUAAUAUACCAGUUGUUACAUAGGAUGCAGAUAAAAGCCUUCCUUUCCAGUCUGAUGGGCCUGCAAUAUAUUUGUUUUUCUUUUUCUUGCUAACUCUACUUGCACUGAUCAUAAUAAGCUCCCAUCUGUGUCUCCAGAUCUUAGGAAGUCAAAGCUAAGAAGAGGAGGCAUUUGCCCUCAUCAAAAAAAAAAAAACACCCAGAAUCUGGAUGGAUUUGAACUCCUGCCCUCCUCUCCACUAACUCAACAUUUUGCUUAAAGUGAGAAGUUAGUGUUUAUGCUGGGUCAUGGGAAGGGUACCUGGGGAGUUUACCAAAUCUUAUACUGAUCCCACUUUUCUCUUUUUUCUUUACGUUUUUAUUGCAGGGCAGAAAAGGCUGCUUCUUGUCUUUUGCCCAACACUUGCCUUGGAAUUGCAACAUACAUCAUUGCAAGGUUUGAGAGCAAUGAAGUUGGUUUGACCUGGGAUAAGGUAUCAGCCUCGCCAACUCCUGAAGACGACUUCAGCUUCUCCAUGGUCUUAGGAAUGCUUAUUAUACAGAGCAUCAUAUACGGAAUCAUCGCGUGGUAUGUUAUUUUGUAUAUUUCAUGUUACAUUUCAACUUGACCAUGUGGCCACCCAAAGGGUAGCAUGCAAAUACAUCUGUGUCUCCUCAUACCUGGCCACUUAGGACUUUUCACGGGGGAGAGACAUCUGCACCUCGAUGACAGAAAUUCCAUAGUGGUGACAUAAAUCAAUGUUUACAUAACUAAUUUGGUAAUCACCCUAACCUUAGGAGAUUCUGGCAGAUUUUGUCUUCAGUAUAGCACUUCUUUCAUUAAGGCAGAGACGUUUUUCCAGUGAAACCUCCCUAGCGGUGAGAAGCAAGGAGAGAGGAGAGACAGCUGUAUGCGCAACCUACCCAAAGGGUGAAAAGAGUAAAAAGUCCUUACUUUACGUCUGUAGCUCAAAAUAGUCAUCAUCUCACUGACAAACCUGAGACUGAUGGUGUAUACUCUUUCUGUCCCCCCCUCAAGACCAUCUGUUUAUGAGUUAACCUUUAAGUAUUUGACUGACUUCAGGUAUGUUGAGGCAGUAUUUCCUGGCAGCUACGGCAUUCCCAGACCGUUUUACUUUCCAUUCACCAAGAGUUAUUGGUGUGGAACGUCCAGUGAUGAUGUGAUUGAUGUUCGAGCAGAAAAGGUAGGGAGCUUAUCAUUAUCAUCAUCAUGACAUUACCUAUGGAAAAAAAAAGGUCACAACAAUUGUUUACAGCCUUUCCUCUCAUCAUCACCAUAAUCAUCUUCACUAUCAUCACCAUCAUCAUCAUCAUUCAUCAUCAUUUCCACCAUCACAAUUGUCAUCAUCAUUACCACCACCACCGUCAUCAUCAUUAUCAUCAUCUACCACCACCAUCACCACUACCAUCUUCGUUAUCAUCAUUUACGAAAAACACCACCAUCAUCAUUGUCUACCAAAUCCACCAUCAUCAUUAUCAUCAUUAUCAUCACCUACCACCAUCACCACCACCAUCAUCAUCAUCUACCACUACCACCAUCAUCAUUAUCAUCAUUAUUAUCAUUUACACCACCACCACCGACCACCAUCACCACCACCAUCAUUAUCAUCUACCACCACCACCACCAUCAUCAUCAUCAUCAUCAUUAUCAUCAACUACCACCAUCACCACCACAAUCAUUAUCAUCUACCACCAGCACUAUCAUCGUUAUCAUCUUUAUUAUCAUCACCUAUCACCAUCACCACCGCCAUCAUCAUCAUCUACCACCACUACCACCACCAUCGUAAUCAUUAUCAUCAACUACCACCAUCACCACCACCAUCAUCGUUAUCAUCAUCAUUAUCAUCAUUUACCACCACCACCACCACCAUCAUCAUCUACCACCACCACAUCCAUCAUUUCCACCACCAUCAUAAUCUACCGCCACCACCACCAUCAUCGUUAUCAUCAUUAUUCUAUUUAUCAUCCGUAUCAUCAUCUUCGUUAUCAUCUAUUGUUGCAGUAAAGUUUUUUGACUCUCUUUUUAUGGCUUGGUCUUUGUUAUUUAGGAAAUGAACCCAGUAGAAAGGUCAGACAACCCUGAUAUUGAAGAUGAAACUCAUGACCUGCCAGUUGGUGUUGGCAUCAAAGAUCUCAGGAAGGUGUUCAAGGUAAGCAACCACAACAACAACAGAGUUGUGUUGGUCAAAUUUUCUGAUAAGCUAUCAUUUGACAUGAACUAACAGUAACUGUUUGUCGUUUUUAGGGUUCAGCUGGCUCUAAAGUCGCCGUAGAUGGAUUGUCUCUUCAAAUGUACAAAGGACAAAUCACAGCUUUGCUGGGCCACAACGGUGCUGGUAAAACAACAACCAUGUCAAUUCUCACUGGUCUCUUUCCUCCAACUUCUGGUUCAGCUCACAUAAAUGGCAAGAGCAUAUUGACAGAUAUGGAUGCCAUCCGAGAGAGCCUGGGACUGUGUCCUCAGCAUAAUGUUCUAUUUGACAGGCUAACUGUUAAAGAACAUUUGGAAUUCUUCAUCAACUUGAAGGUAGUUUUAUCUUGAUGUAUAGCAUAUUUAUUUGAUCAAGUAGGAUUUUAAGCAUUUUGAUGUGAUGUUUAUUCAAGGGUGACAUUUGUUUUGAAAUCACUCUGAUCACUGACAAAAAUUACGAUAACGGAAUAAAAAGAAGGUUAUGUCUCGCUGAGAUAGAAGUGAAUUUUAAUUGUCUGGAUGUUGUACUUAACCAAGUUUGUCUGGACUGAGGUUUUUCAUAUAAACCUUGAAUAAAUGACGCAUUGAGACGUUUUUUCAAGGGCGGUGUUUUUAAUUGGUAAUUUUUCUUCUAACUCCGGCAUUUAAUCAAGUAAAUAUGGUAAAUUGUAUAGAGUUUCCAAAUGAAUUCUUUCGUUUGUGACCUCUAGUGUAAAUGUUGGGACUACUUCCUCCCUGCUUUUCCUCUUUCUAGUUCUUGAUCAUCUUUCUUUUGCACAUCCCCUAAUUUGAACUUUCUGCAAACUCCAAGUUAGGCCAAAUGUGUACGAUGUUAAUCGUUCUGUUCUGCAACACAGCAUUUGUCCUCAUGAACACUGAUAGCCAUUUCUCUAACAGAAAGGCCCAGUUUACAUAAGUUGACUUGGGCCAUCUAACCAGAUAAAUCAUUGUCCUGUGAGUAAGUUUUAGGGAACCAGUUGUAACAUUCAGUGGGUUGAGAUUUAUCCACGUUUUGUUCAAGUGAGCCCUGGUAAUGAGUGACCAUCGAAAUACAGAGUUGGAUUUAAAUUAGUUAUUUAUUGUUUUUUAUUCCCUAGGGCACAUUUGGCGAGCAAGCUCAAAUGGAAGUACUUCAGAUGAUCAAUGAUAUCCAACUCACUGAUAAAAUGAACUGGUCCUCAUCUAAACUUUCAGGUGGAAUGAAGCGAAAAUUGAGGUAACUCUUGAAGGCUGUUUUACCUCCUUAAACUGCUUAAAUCGCACCCAUAAACAGUCGGAAAUUUCAGCGUGAUUUAUCGUAUCUAAGUCGCCCCAAAUUCGACUUUGACUGAAGUUUAGUGCCACUUCGCAGCUAUUUUCAAGUUCUAUCCGCCAUGUUUGCUUAUGAGCAACGCACGUAGGCUUAUCAUUAAAAACAACAAAAAUACUACUUUUUGUAAAAUGAGAGACAGAUCGAGUCUCUGUUGCGACAAAUCAAGCAGCAUUGCUUAUAAACUUGAAAGAAUUUGAAGUCAUGAAAUUAGUUGAAGUAAUCCCCCCCUUCCUCCCGUGCAAUGAAUGGUGCUGUCAGAAUUUUCAUCUCUAUUAAGAACGCCUUUUCUGUAUAUAUAUUUUUUUCAGUUGUGCUAUUGCUCUCAUUGGAGGGUCACAAACUGUGUUCUUGGAUGAACCCACCUCCGGAAUGGAUCCUUAUGCCAGGAGAGGGACCUGGGACUUGCUACUGAAACACAAAGCUGGAAAGACCAUUAUCUUGACUACCCACUUCAUGUAAGUUUCAUUUGCUUUUGAACGACUAAUGUAGUGUCCAAUGUGUAUUUUUAGUAGUGAUAAGUUUUAUUAUAAUGAAAUUUUAUGACCAUUCAAUGCUUGCAUGCCUCACUAAGACCGUGUCAUGUAAAAGCCCACGUUCACCCCAGAUGCACUGCUCGGUGAGGAACAGUUUUUUAAACAAGAACCGCUCUACGCCGCAGAAACAGUCGGAAAAUCUAUCUGUUAAAGGUGGACUUUAAAGCAUAUUUAAAUCACUUGAAAUUCUCUCGGGAAGGAGAAAUUGUUCUAACAGAAAACAGGACUUUGAGAUGUGUACCUUGUUCAUAAUUAACAAGACGUUAAUUCUAUUACUCAUAAACAGACUCUCCAUUUAAGACAAUAACAGUCUUUAGACUUGGUAGUGUGUAUUUCUUUCUUGUUAUUCGCCACUUUAGAACCAAAAAGGAAAGUGUGUCAAGUUAACUUUCGCAAAGUCUUCUAGGAAAGGGAAAAUUAGCCAAUAGCUGACCGGCGCAUCCCCAGUAAUGAUCCCAGAAAAAAAUUGCUGUUCUCAUCUAGGUUCCAAUUCCCUUAUUUUUUCUGAGGAGGCGAAGCCAGUAGUGCUAUCAUGAAAGAACAUUGUGGGUAGUUAUUAUCGUUGUGACUUUAUUACUGACACAUUUUAAGGGAUGAAGCAGACUUUCUUGGUGACCGGAUUGCUAUCAUGGCUGACGGACAGCUGAGAUGCUGUGGAAGUUCGUUGUUCUUAAAGAGCAGGUACGAGUUGGGGAUUUUUAUGACUCACUGUAUUUUCCUUCUAGCCUAAGACCCUGUCCACAGUAAUGUGUUUACGUGUCACAGAAACCAUAUUGAUCACUAGCGUUUUUGAUGCGUUUUCGACUGCCAUACUAACUUGUUUGAAACUGAUAGCCCCAAUUGAAAUAUUGUCUCAUCUUGUAUUGACAGAAGAAAUCUCAAGAUAAAAUUGAUUUUGGCUUUCCAAACAUUGAAAUUCUGAAUUUUGGCUUUUCCAAAGAUUGGAAAAAAGAUAAAAUUUCGUCGAUCAAUACUUGAGCUAAUACAUUUUAUGCUCGGUCGUUAGUCCAUGUCUAUUUAACGCUUACUUAUUAGAUAUGAUAUUUAUAUCACACAUACUUAUCAGAUAUGGUAUUUGUUUAACCCUUACUCAUCAGAUAUGGAACUUAUUUCACUGUUAUAAGAUACGGAACUUAUUUCACACUUACUUAUCAGACAUGGAAUUUAUUUCGCCCUUGCAUGUCAGGUAUGGUGUUGGAUACCACUUGACGCUAGUAAAGAAGGAGGAAUGUAAUCAAAAUUCAGUGACAAGUUUGAUCGUCAAUCACGUGCCAGAUGCUCAGCUGCUCAGUAGCGUGGGUGCUGAAAUGGAGUUUGUUCUGAGCAGUGAGCAUUCCAGUGGCUUCGAGACUCUCUUCCAGGAAAUAGAAAGUAAGUUGCGUCUCGAAAAAGUCAUUUAUUAUAGACCAUUAGAUUUAUUUUAUUUUUUAUUAGCUUUGCCCUGAAGAAUACAAGAAAAAAAAAAACACUGUAGAUAUGCAAACACUAGUAAUAAGAACGUAACAAUACACUAAUAAUAACUUAAAUAUUAGGACAAGGACACCGCAACAGCUAAAGCCAAUUACUGCGGACCCAAGAUUCUAAGACGAGAUCGACUACGAGUACGAGAUUUUCUCAAUACUAGGUAGUGCUCGCGCGUAGCGUCAUUUUUGCGGGAAAAAGUGGUAACCGUUGUCAUUCCACUACGAGUUUUGGGGAGAGUUCCCUAAUGGCGAGAAUAAGUUAUCAAAUGUUAGACGUUUUAGCAUUUUGCAAUCGGGAGAGGUCUUAACCUCCUUCAAUAACGAUAACAGUGGUAACUUUUCUGGUGAAAAAAAGUGCAAUGAAGAUUCCGGGGUGUCUGGUUUUUAAGAGACCUCCGUUAGAUUCUAAGACGAGGAGGACUAAGAGAACGAGAUUUUCUCAAUACAUGUACUAAUAAUAGUGCGCACGCGUGAACCCGUGUCAUUUUAGCGGGAAAAAGCGAUAAACAUAGGCAGUCUAUUACGGGUUUUAAUGAGAAUGUCGUAGUGACGGAAACAGGUUAUCAACGGAGGGAGCUUAAACUACUUUAAUAACAAAAAAAGGUAAAAUGAAGCCUUCCGGAGUGUCCAUUUUUUGAGAAUAUGCGAAAAAACGUUUAGUCUAAUCUCGUCGCCGAAUCUAAAAAGUCUCCAAUAUCGAUGAGAACCAGAACUGUGAAUGUGAAUUGUAUUUCACUAUACUAUAUAUUACUUGCAAAAAAAGAGAAAAUAACAAUGAAAUUCGUAGCUUUAAAAUAACAUUCAGAACUGACCAACCACAAGAAAUCCUUGCAAGAGCUCUUACAAUAAUUGUUUGUUGCAUCAUUUUACCCUCCAGAUAAGAUGGAAGAAUAUGGAAUUGCUAGCUUUGGAGUGUCGGUUACAACAUUGGAAGAAGUCUUUAUGAAGGUCGGAGAAGGGGCCGAGAAAACUGUGGAUGAUUUGUAAGUGACGCUGUUUAACUUCCUACCACUGCUUUUUUGACGGUUUUCUUUUACUUGAAACAGCGAACUAAAGAGAAAAUUUGCGCAACAGGAAGGGAGAGGAAAGAAGACGGCAAACCUUGUGUGGCAAGCGUGACAAAAAUUGUUUGAAAAAACUUUCCGUCAAUUUUCCCCUUCCUUUAAACACACCAUUUUUUAAAAGACCAGAAAUCGUUAAUUUUUAGUAAAGAUCGCGACAAAACACACAAGUGAUAGCCCUGUCACGUUUGUCACACACAGACGUUUUGCCACUGUUAAACUCAUUGGUUAACUAUUGUAUUUCUAGAGCCCAUGAUCACAAUAUCGCUGGCCAAGAAGCUCAACAAAUUGUAAACAUUGCUGAAGUUGAAGAUCCUCAGGGAGGAGGUAGAGUGUUCGGCGUGUUUUUCGUCCCCAGGGCUUUACCCCAUUUUACAAAGGCCUGUUUACAUGGAGGUGGGGGACCCCAGGUAGGUGAGGUAACCCGUUUAGGUGGGGUUACCCAGCUGUCCAUAUAAUCUCUCAUUUCAAUUUGAUCACGUUUACAUGAUAGGUGGGAUGACCAUAUGAAAGAUUAUAUGGACUGGCGGGUUACCUCACCUACCUGGGGUCCCCCAGCCUCAUGUAAACAGGCCCUAAGGUUGCGUGUUUUCAUGAAGUUUGAGCAGGGAUAUUUCUGCUGAAGGCUACCCUGGCUCCCGAUGUCCGUUGUCGAAAUACCUAGGAUAAAAUAAACCAUGGUCACGUUUUGUUAAAGCUCCAGAGUUAGCGGGAAUUUGAUAAGGAAAAACUCAGGGUACCUGAAAGCCUGCCGCCAAAAAAAAAAAUUCAGUUAAAAUCUACAGCCUUGCAGCAAACAGCUGUUUCUUUCAAUUGUUGUCCUAUACACGUUCAUUUGUAUGCAUAACUUAUGAAAAGACAAAAGGCAAAUGCCUUGGAGAACAUCACGUGGUCUGAAUUGGGAAAACAAAACAUGAGGAAAAAAGGUCUAUUUUGCUCAACUCUAACAUCUGUUGGAAAAAUGGACUGCUUGACUGUCACGCUGUGAAAGUGAACUUUAUUCCUCUAGUUGCUUAGCGAUAAGCUGUAAUGACGUGAUGUAAGUUAAGUGCAGAAUUUCAAAACCAUGUGCGAAUUAAGGAGAUCUUGAGAUUGUAAUCAUCGUUAUGGCGUGAACAUUAAAUUGUGAAGUGAUUCGAGUCUGUUGGUCGUUUUAACGUGAAUAUUAUCGGGAAAAUCUCUUGUGUUAGAAGCAAUCGGAAGCUUCCUGACACAUCUAAAAUAUAGUCUACUGUGAAAAACAUAGGAGAGACAUGCUGCAGUCUUAAAAACGUUUAUGUACUAAAAAUAAACGCUCUAUAGUCAUACCCUAGAGGCAAAAUGAAUGUUUUAAACUGCAGUAAGAUGGAAGCUUUGCUAGAAUUAGUUGCAAGUGGUUUUACCAUCGUUUACAGUGUUUCUAGAGACUGCAUAUGUAAUCUUUAGAUUUUUUUAUCCUCUUUUUUGGACCCCUUACAUACUAAGGCAGACACGUACGUGGCGUUAAUGAAAUUCUGAUAGUUGAGCCAUCGAGUUAUAGUUUAUGAUUAACCGGUAUUAUUUUCUUUUCUUUCUGCUAGGGCUACAAACAGGCUUUAGUUUGAAAUGGCAGCAGUACAAAGCCAUGUUUUUGAAAAGGUUCCUGAAUUCCAAGCGUGAUAAGAAGGCCAUCAUUACUCAACUCGUUCUUCCUCUUGUUAUGGUCUUAUUUGGCUUGUUACUUAUUACAUCAAUUCCCACGCGAACGAAUGAUCCGCCACGUGUUCUCAAGCUCUCUAAUUUGAGCAUUGAUGACGUUUUCACCAAAGCAUUCUUUGCAGACUACAGGAACGUAAGCUCUGAUGUAAAACAAGAAACUUUGAAGGUACUUCAUGUAGUUCUAGGUGUUACCAAUUCUUAAACUGGUUGAGCAAGACCCCUUUGUAGUAGGUCUCAAGGGGGUGGUCGCAUUGUCACAGUUAACGGUUAAUAGAGAGAUUUAAGAGAGUUUAAGCUUCACGUUUACGGCAAACGGCAAACGUCAGAUUCAAGCUGGGGAUUUGUCAAAAUAGAAAAUGAGCAGAUAAAAACAGCUGAAAACAAUUCUUAUUGAUAAAAAGUUGCGUGAAACUGCUAAUUUAUGUGUAGAAAUAAUGAACAGUAAAGGGGAAACUUGGUCACGUGGUACAAAUUCGCGUUUGUCGUUUGAUGUAAGCGUGAUGCUUAAACGUGAAUUUGGGUCACGUGAACAAGUUUUCCCUUUCCUUAUCCUUAACUGUUCGUUUCUUCCACCAAAAAAAUAGUUUCACGUUAUUUUCAUCCAUAAGAAUUGUUCUAGUUUGAGAAAUUCUCAGCUUGAGUCUCCCGUUUACCACGGGUUUGCCGCGAAACAGUGACGGAUCCCCCCCUGUUAUCUCAGGGUCUGGAUGACCCCUCCCCCGCCCUUCUCUGAAGGUCUGGAUCCGCCACUGCUAAAUCUCUCUAAUAUUUAGUUUUUCUUUUGCUAAUGGUCAAUUUCUUUUCUUUGCGGUUAACAGACAUUCGAAGAAGAGAAAGCAAUUCUUACCAAAAACUUGAAACGGUCUUAUCACUUCUUCUUUCUAAAAGCGUUUCUAGAAUGGAAAACAAGGGCUCAGAUAUAGGGUCCAUCAUCCAAGACACAAUUCAGGCGAAGUCCUAUUUCCAUUUUUACGCUUAACGACUUCAAAUAUUUGACAAUGCGCCCCGUUCAGAGAGAUCAUUUUGGAUGUCAUCGGCAGGGGGCGAUUAGAGGGGUGUGUCUUCGCAGGCUAGUUUUAAAAGUGAGCCUAAAAAUAAACGUUUGCUUUAUUUCGCAGAACACUAGCAACUACCUCAAGAGUGUUAAGGUAGACGUACUGGACAUCACGUCGAAAGUGUAUAACAUCCGUGAUGGUAACCAAGGCAACAAUAUAACAGUCAGAGACGUGUUCGCCCAAUAUGAUAAUGAAUCUAAAGCAUGCUGCAACUAUGAGUUCUACGUGCUCAAUUCCAAGUGCAAGUCUCUUGUGAGUAGCUAUCAACACACAAACUCUCCUUACUGGCUCUAAAAGAUUCUCAUAGCAUAAGUUGGAAGAAAUAGGGAGCUUAAGCAACGACGACGGCGACGGCAACGAGAACGGCAAAUAAGUACUAGUUUUAGAUUGGCACAACAACAACUUUGCACGUGUUGUUUGUAGAUUUUUUUCCGAUACUGCACGAGUACGACGAGAAACUUCCUAGUUUCACGUUUUCUGGAGGACGUGAACACAAAACAAAAAUUUUCUCUUUCUUUUUCUAAACUUAGAUACAGUCCUUCAGAAUCAACUACAGAAAAAUUCCCCAACACUUGACAAAUUAAUUGAAAUGGAAUAAGAGAAAUGAAGUUUGAAACGGCGCGAAUUCACUUUUUGAGUGACGUUUUCGUCGUGAUUGUUUAAGCUCCCUAAUUUUCGACUUAAAACCAAAAUCUUCAUUGCGAAAAAUCAAGAGUUCAUUCACUGUAAUGUAAAAUUUGCAUGUGUCCAUUGUUUCACGAGUUGCACAUGAUUAAUUUUAUCUCAUUUGUACUUCUUAGUUCAUCAGUCAGGAUCUUAAGCCAGAUCAAUGUUCAGAUUUUACCUUCGGCUACAAGGAUUGCCCCAAAUGCAUUCUUGCCAACGUGUAAGUAUUAUUAUUUUUAUUCCUUUUCGUAACGGAAUAGAUCACGUGUAGAUCCAUUCCAAGUAUGCAAUGGGAACGUUUGGCUCUUUUCUGAAAAUACAGAAAUCCAAGUUGGCCGCCAUUUUGGCUUCAUGACGUAACUCUUGUGCUGUGUGAGGUCAUUACGCCCCCUGGCCUUAAGAUGUUCUUGAAGUUGUAACGUCUAGGGUGGUGAAGGGGGUUGAAGGCAAACCACACUCCACCUUCAACCCACAGCCAUGGAAGAAUUUCCACCCUAUCCAGUGGCGGAUCCAGAACAGGCCCGCCCCCCUUUAUUUUUAGACCAAACUGAGGCCCGAGACCGCCCCCUGGUCUCAGGGUCUGGAUGAUCGUCCCCUCCACCCCCCCUCCCUUAUCUGAAGGUCUGCACCCCAAUCCCCAACCAACAGUCCUAGCAGACUUUCCACCCUACCCCACUCCCCAACAAACAUUUCCGGCAGACGUUUUUCCCUACCCCAAUCCCAACCUUAAGUCCUAGAAAACUUUCCACCCUACCCCCGUGAAGCCUGAAUAGAAGGAAACAUAUUUUUUCUUCCCUGCCUUCUUUCAGAUCAGGGUACGAAAUUGACAAAGACACAACUUGCUCAGCAGUUGGGUGCCCUGGUACUAACCUGAAAGAUCUCAACACCUACUUCUCUGAAUAUGUCCUUGAGCAAAGCAACGCCUCAAACUACUUCAACGUGUAUGUUGCCGGAUUCUCAUUAGCACCCCAGAUUCCGCCUAUGCCUGCCAACAUGUCGAACAUAUCGCUGCCUUCGAACAUGACGAGCAACAAGGGUAUGAUUCCAUCCGAGAAAAGGCCAGACACAGAAACCACACUCUGGUACAGUAACGAGGUAAAGUCAGUGUUUUUCUUUGAGACUGGUUGUUCUUCCUCCUAAGAUAUCGAUAUGUGAAUUUUGUGCUUAAACUUUCGUUUCGCACCCGCCCAGCAACUGUGCAAUAGAUAGCGUAAACUGAUUGAUCCCAUAGUAGGCUCAAUUUCCAGCCGCUGUUCGGGAUAUGAGCCCGCGCUCCUCUCCUUCUCAAGGAGGAAUAAGAGCGAAAUAAAUCAGGUCUAUACCGUAGCGGCAAUGUGAUAAUGGUUUGAUGUUUUAUUGCAGGGGUUUCACACCAUAGCAGAAGCAUUAAGUGCUAUGAGUAACAUUCUACUGACAGAUGCAAUGAAUGACGAAUCAUAUAGUAUUGAGGCUACUAACUACCCUCUACCAAACACCAUUAAAAACAAGGUUAGUUCUCAAGCACACUUCUUAGUUGACAUAAGAACCCUUUUAGAUUUAAUCUGAGGACGACUAUGAGAACGAAAUUUUCUCAAUUCUAAGUAGUGCGCACGCGUAAACCCGCGUCAUUUUGGCGGGAAAACGCGACAGUCGGGAGAGGACUUGACCUCUUUCAAUAAAAAAUAAAAACGAAUUUUACAUCGCAAGCGCUAUUAUCGCACGAAGCGAUUGCCAUGACUGAACCAACUUUAGGUUUCCGCCGUACCGUUAAGAGAGAUUUCGCUGUACUUGUCUGUCAUAAUUUGAAGCGAUAUUUGGGAAAUUGUUUUGCAGAAAGAUUCUUUAUUUCACUCUGUUUUUUGCUCUCUAGGCUGACAAUGUCACAGGUGAUUUUUCUGCUCUUCUGCUUGCCAUCUUCCUUGCACUAGGUAUGGCCUUCAUGUCUGCCAGUUUCGUCACAUUCAUUGUACAGGAGAGAGUUUCCAAGGUAAAACCAUAUAACUGCAAAAUGACUAACAAUGCUCAGGUUUAACACAUGAGUUUUUUUGUGCCUUGCAGUUCGAAAUGAGUUGUAAAGAUUCUCGCUUUCCAGUCGCACUCCAUUUCACUUCACACGAUCGCUGCGCAGAGUGCAAAUCUUUUUUUGUUCCGCAGUGUAUUUUUCGACCUGCUCCCGUUUGGCUUUUAUGAGACAUAAAUAAUCCUUGAGGCUGAAGUUUUCAAAAAUUCGCGACUUGGAUAGUUCGGAAAACUUUGAAAACACAAGUGCAACUAAUUCGUAAUUGUCCUCAUGUCAUCACCAGUGCAUCAUUUAAAGGAAUCACACGGUAAUCGUACCCUCUCUUGUUUACCAAAAUGCGCUCAAUUUAGAAAAAUGCCUCUAUCUCACCCAUCAGCGUUGGGUAAUUUCCCAUUCCAGAAACUAUAAGGGAAACUGGUACAAGCUUUCGGCGCAACGAUUUCUGAGACCAUUUGGGUGGACAAGGGUUGGUCAUGAUUGGUCAAUGGUUACCUUGAAUACCGUCGACCAAUCAUAACUAACGCUUGCUCACCCAAACGAUCCCAGAAUUCACUGCGUUCAAACCUUGUAUACAUUCUCCCUAGAGAUUCUGCAGGGGAGAAUUUUGUCCUUUUGUGAUAAAAUCGGUUUUAGAUGUGGAGGAUCUAAUGCAGCGCUCUAACGCAACUUUAAAAUGUGUAUAAUUUAUUUUCCGUCAUACACUUAUUUCAGGCCAAGCAUCUUCAGUUUGUCAGUGGUGUGGAUGUGGUUAGCUACUGGUUCGCUACUUACACCUGGGAUUUUAUCAACUACUUAGUUCCUGCUUUGGGAAUUCUUAUGUUGUUUGCCGCGUUUCAAGUGGAGUCUUAUAAGGAUGAGUUGGGAAUUGUCUUCCUUAUGCUCGUGAGUACAAACACGACACGACCACAGUACUGAAAUAGCAGUACGCUACAUCGCUUUUCUCUGUGUUACACGACAACGCAGUACACCACUAAAACCCACUUACCUCGAACUCAACUGCACCGCUCUACACUAUAUUAUGACCACCCUGUAUUUUACUGAACCUCAGCGCUCCACGUUACACUAUACCACACAAGUCCAUGCCACACCGCCAUAGUACACUACACCACGUCACGCCAUCCAACGUCACACCAUACCAAACUACACAAUACCGCCAUACCACACUGUAUCACAUCACACAGAGGCAAGUCUCACUACUGCCUAUCUUGUCACUCCACAUUUCACUACACUACGUCACGCCACACCGUGCUACCCAACACCAAACUAACCACAUCAUACUGUCAAUGGUUUGAACUGAGGAGUCGUGAGAGUACUUUCAGUGCAGCACGUCACACCACACCACACCUUAUCACGCCACAUUUCACUACACUACGUCACGCCACACCGUGCUGGCCAAAACCAAACCAACCACAUCAUACUGUCAAUGGUUUGAACUGAGGAGUCGUGAGAGUACUUUCAGUGCAGCACGUCACACCACACCUUGUCAUGUCACCCUACACUACACCACCGAACACAGCAAUUUACUAUACUUCACAACAUCACACCGCCCCUUGGUGCGUCACACCACACCACAUCAUGUCACGCUACGCCACGACACGCCACGCUACGCCACACUCCAUUACACUUUUAAGCAUAAACUCUUUAUCUUAUUCCUUUAGUGUGCUAGUAAUGUUUCUCAUCUUGAAGAAUUAAUGUGUUAUGAUUGUCGUUUUUCUCUUUAUUGUAACUGUAUUAGAAGGUAAUUAGUUUAUAUCAUCUUAUAUCUAUGUUAAACCAUGCAUUUGUAUAGUUCUAUUUUUUUCUCUUGUUGUAGUCGUAUAUUACUGAUUAGGCAUUGUUUUAUAUGUGUAUUUUGUAUUGUUGUGAAGGCCGUAAGUUAGAAAACUCAUUGGGUUAUUACGUCACCUUCGUUAAAUAAAGAAUAUUGUAUUGUAUUGUAUUGUAUUGUACACUUCACUAAAGUUCUUUACUGAAUCAUUUUUUAUUGUUGUCCUUAGAUACUCUUUGGUCUCUGUGUGUUGCCAUUUGUCUACUGCCUGUCCUUCAUAUUCAAAUCCCCGCUGGUUGGCUAUGUACUGAUUGUGUUCGUGCUCUCCAUACUCAGCCUGGUGAGUAAACGUUUGAGCCCAUUCACGCCCAAAGUGGUUUAAGUCAAAAUUCAAUAAAAUUUCCAAAUUUUGUCUUUGUAGACCCUGAAUAAAAUAUAUCGCCAUGUGAAAGUACUACUAAAGAGGUUUUAUUUGAAUGGUCACAUCACAGGUUUUUGUCCACAAACCCGGAAGUUAGAGUAACCACUUGAGACACCAUUUUUCACUCUUGGAGUGACCGGCUCAAACUGAUCAGAUGUUGACGAAGGCCAGGGUUCAAAAUGAAGAGGUCUAAAUCACGCAUUUGUCAACAUUAGCAAAAAAUAAAAUGAUCACAGAAAUUAGCUAAAAUCAGACUACAGUGACAGGCUGCCUUUUUUGGGUAAGUUGACAAUUUCUGGUUUUUUUUUUAUUUUCUCAGGCAAUGUUGAUCACAGUGUUCGUCUUACAACUGCCAACAGUAGAUCUCAAGGACGAAGCGGACGUUUUGCAUUACAUCUUCAUGCUUGUCCCCACUUACACGUACGUUUUUCUCUGUGCUUUGUUGAGCAGCCAUUUCACUCUUUUUUAAGAAUACAAUUUCUUAAUCCUUUACGCACUAAGAGUAAUCAGCAUCAAAUUUAAUUUCUCCUAAACAGAGCGGUCAUAAGAAUUGAGGACAUCAUCGCAGAAGUUGAAUGUAAUUGAUACAGUAAAAACCCACGAGUAAGAACCUACAUUUUCCAGGGUUAACCUGAACAGGUUCUUACAUAAAUGAUGGUAAACAUAAAUUUAGGCUAUCUAGGUUCUUAAUUUCUUCCAAAAAAUUACGUCGUUGCUAAGAAGAUUUUAGUGAUAAGCAUCCUUAAAUUUGCAUACCUAAUGUUGCUUGUAUAAAUUAUACUGGUAUUAUCUCUAGAUAAGAGUGUACUUAAAAUUAAAGAACUCAGUUUUGUUGAAAUAUAUGUACUAACACGACAUUUUGUGUUAUAAUAUUUGUAAAAGAGUUACUGGAGUUAGUUUCAAUAUUUAUAUAAGAACCUUUCUCCAAAUUUUAGGCUAAAGAGGUUCUUAUAUAGAGGGGGUCUAAAUUGCAAAUUUUAGCCUAACAGGUUCUUUAAUCUUAGGUUCUUACUCGUAGGUUUUUACUGUACUUGAACAAAUUCUUCAAAUCCAACUACUUCUACAGGAAAUAUAUGGGGGCGACAAAUGAGGUUUUCAAUUUUGAUGUAAGGGUUUGAAGGGUUAAUCAUGUGUUGUUGUUCACAGGCUUGCAUACGCCUUUGUGGAUCUGAACGCAAACUAUGGAUUCCGAAAAGUCUGCAAUGAAUCACCAGUGUAAGUUACUUACAGUAUAUACAGUAUACACAUUCUAUGCCUUGUUCUUAGUUGUAGCACGGGUCUUCCUGUUUUCCAUGGUUGUAAAACCAAACUAGUUCCCAGUCAUCCCCGUUUUUUUCGGAUGUCACGUCACGCUCGGUUCCACGCCUCCUCCACUCGUUCACUUAGCGCGAAUUGCCCUGGGGAUGAGGCUGCAGGUUAAUAACAAAAUCCUGUGUUCUUUUCACUAGGGCUAGUCUCCGAUGCGAAGUGUCAAAUGUAAAAUACACUGAUCAUGGCUUGGACUGGGAGCGACCUGGUAUCGGUCAGAUGGCGCUGUAUCUUUUCAUUGAGUCAGUCGUUCUGUUUAUUCUGGUUCUUUUGAUUGAGGUAAGAAUACCAUCCAACAGACCAUUUGCACGAUGACGUCAUUUUACUAAUACGGUCAGAAUCCUGAGAUAUGUCCAGAAAUGCACGCGUUGGCGAUGACGAAGCAAAGGGUUUAGCAAAAAUGGCGAACGAUCGCCAAAUUGUUACCAAAGAUGGCGAAGGGGCCCUUUGAAAGUGGUUGUUCUGGAUAUCGCCAGCCCUCUGGCGAUUUUUCACCAUUUUCGCCGUUGCUUUUAUUUCUGGACAUAAGUGAGAAUCCUUCAGGGUUUUGCUUUCUGUGCAAAUUAGGGCUUUUGGUUUUUGAACCUCCUUGGGAUUAGCAAAUGGACACAUGAAAGCAAAACCAAAAUGGAUUCUGGAAGAAGUAGUAGUAGUAGUAGUAGUAAAAUGACGCCAUCGCACAAAUGCAGUUUUGUAGGUCGUCCUUUUAUUCAGCUUCGUCAAACGAGAGAAAUUUUACAGAAGCUAAAAGUUACUUUACCCAUUCAUAGUUUAAUAUAUUACCAACACAAUGUUAAUUUACAAAACGUAUUGAAAAUGUCGUAAAAAUGGACCAGAAUGACGACAACAUUUCAGGAGAUGUGUCUACCAAGAAAAUGCGGUUGGUCAAGUUGUUACUGUAGUUUUAAGCAUCAACUUUCAUUGUUUUGUAUAUUAGGUGAAGUUUUUCCUUGGAGGCAGGUUGAAAACGCCGAGUGGAGAGUUCCAGUCAAAUCAGCAAAGAAACGAGGUUUGUGUGGAAAAACAUGUAAAGUAAAAUCCUUUUACAGGUCACUUCCUAAUUUUGUUGUGGAGGUACAAGUCGAAAAAUCACAAAUCCACCCGUUUUGACCCAAGCUACUUUCUUCAUUUUUACUUUAGAAUCGUGUGUGUGACAAUAGUUACUUUCUCCGUUACCUCAAAAUCAUAUGAUAUCAACCGCGAGUUGGGUUCUUGAUCGGUUGUUAUUUAUCUGUAUGGGAGGGGGCCACAUUUUACAAAUACAGGUGUAGUGUCCCAAAACUUGUGACCUCCCUUGAAGGGCGAGAACCACUAACAAACUCAACCCAUAUAUGGUGUUGCGUAUGGGAUUUGAACCCAGGCCACACUGAAGGGAGGCGAGAGCUCUCACCUCUACGUAACCCUGGUUUCCUCGUUCUGUGUGCUAUGCCUGGAUUUCAAUAAAUGAAAUAAAUAAUUCAUUCAUCAAUGUCAUUGGUCUUCAGGAUGGGGAUGUCAGCAGUGAGCGCACGCGUAUUAACAACAUGACGCCAGAAGGGUGCCAAAAGGAGGCGGUUGUGUUGAGAGAUUUGACGAAGGUGAGAGUACACAACAACGGUAUUCGACGCUUAUACUUAACAUAGCAAAUUGACACAUAAUAACACUACUUAGGGAACACUUCCUUUGCGACUAUUUUUACGAUAAUACCGUGUUCUCAAAAAAAAUUCCAAUAUAAUGACCCGAUAAAAUGCCCGAAAUACAUUCGGUUGUCUCGUGGCAAUCAAUAAGAGUCUCCGAAGAUCCUUCGUAACUUUUGGAGCGGUUUGACGUCUGAAUUCAAAAACCGAAGCAUCAUGAUUAUUACUCUGGCCAAUCGCAGUAAGAGCUGACAGACAAAUUAACCAAUCACAGUUUGAAUGCCUACUAAGCGCGGGAAAACGCAUGCGGUCAGGUCGCUGUUGGUUCGGUUUUUUGGCGGGAAAACGCGUGUGGUCAGGGGCCGGUUGCUCGAAGCCUGGUUAGCGCUAAACGUUGGUUAAGGGGUAUCAAAAUGUAUAGGUUUCCAUGGUAUUUAACGCUGGUUAGCACUAACCAUGCUUCGAGCAACCCGGGCCUGGUCGUUAUUUGUUCGGGUUUUCUGAUUGGCUUUAAAAAGGUCGCGAGUUUUUUUAACCAACCGCAUAGCGUAACAGAACCCAAGCAAACACGAAGAUACUUUUGACAGUCAAUUGAAGAUGAUCCUUUGAUGCAUUAAUAAUUGAUGCCAUGUUCAGGUGUAUGGAGGUACACGAGUCACUGCUGUUGAUCAUUUGUGUCUGGGAAUUCCUCGUGGAGAGUGCUUUGGCCUGCUAGGAAUAAAUGGUAAGAUGCGGUUGCAUUUUUGUACUUUUUUUACCCUUAGAAAUUGAUUUGAAUAGAAAGACUCUUAAGAAUUUCGAGUCCCGCACUCAAAAGUGAAUCUUCCUUUAUUAAUAGGAGCGGGAAAGACAACAACAUUCAGCAUGUUGACCGGAGAUUUGAGCAUUACUGAAGGGACAGCCCUCCUGGAUGGAUACGACAUCCGGACAAAUUUAAGAGAGGUGUGUAAAAAGAAAUCCUAUGUACAAUUCGCACGACUGAGAUUGUACCACGUCUAUUCAGGAGGUCUUGUUUCGAUAUUCCUAGCCUGUGAGCGGGCUCAAAAACAUUUGCCCCGAACUUGCUCACAGGCUACGAAAUCCCAUGUAGUCCUUAACCAGUCGAAUAUUCAUACAACAAAGAGGCCGAGAGAACACAGAGAACUGCCGUUGACAAGCAAGUGGAAAGGCAGCAGCUGAAGUUUAUUGUUUUUGUGACCAGAAAUAGCUGGCAAAGUUUUCAUAAAACUGUAAAUAUAUAUGGAUCUGAUCAUUCAUCGCAUGUUGAACCGCCCUAAGUUCCAAGACUCCUUAGUUGAGACACGAACUGUAGCGGUAACUUUUAAAAUAAACAAAAUGGUAUUUGUAACAAUGUAAAUGAAACCUUUCUGGCUAAACUAUCGCUUUCGCUUGAUUUUUGGCUUUGUUGGGUAUGUCGGACCUCUUUUCUACCCAUGUUCUUGGCAAAAUGAAUAUGCUGAUCGUAUUCCUCACUAAUAUGUUUUGUUUAACUUUAGGUUCAACAAAGGAUUGGUUAUUGCCCUCAAGUAAGUUCCUUACCUUAAUAGUUUUUUUUUGAAAGUGCAUCUCCUUUCACCGAAGAAAUGCUCCCUUAUGAGAGCUUCCUUGCCCCAAACGUUCUAAAGGUUGUUACCGCUAAGCAAUGGACACAAUCUCUAGCCAAUGAAUAAAGCAAUAAUACUUUCCCUAGCACUUAAUCAGUGGAUAAUGAUAGUGGUAAUAAUGGGAAACGAACUAAAGGGCGGUAACUUUUCAGUGGACUCUUCUCAUCUCAUUCAGAGGGAAGGGUGUGGCUUCUUUGGUUCCUGUGUGACUUUGCCGCGAUAUACAGUCCAACCUCACUUAAAUGAACACACCUUUUAAGGAGAGUCCUCUCAUUCCCGAUGGUGCCAAACUUAAUACAUAUUAGGGCCAUUUAUACGAGGAAAAAUAAGACGCGUCUUACAUAAGACGCGAACUGUACCAUUUAUACGACGUACAGAAUAGAUUAUUCUGCGCAGAAUCGAUUCGGCGCAGAAUAAAAUCUGCUUUACUGCCGUUUAUACGGAAAGUUCGCGUCUUAUUUAAGACGCGUCUUAUUUUUCCUCGUAUAAAUGGCCCUAUUCUGCCACUAUAAUACAGACACACCCGCCAGUCGGCUCUGUUAUGUCUUUGUGCGAGAUAAGCCCGUAUUGUUAAGGUUCCAGUGAAUUACUAUUACUCUGCACAUUAAUUAAUUAAACCUGUUAUUUCUGUUUUUAGUUCGACGCUCUGAUCGAACGACUAACUGGUCGUGAAAUGCUUACAAUGUACGCGAAUCUCCGUGGAGUGCAGCCAGCGAAAAUCAAUGACUUGGUGUCGAGUACAAUCAAGCACCUGAAUUUGACUAAAUGGGCUGAUAAGCUGUGUGGAGAUUACAGGUAACUAACAUUAUCGCCUCCUUUCUCUACCUUGUUUUUUAAUUGGCGAACUUCAAAGAUAUGGCCUCGGACUCAAACCUAGGGGAAUUAUUUCUGAGGAUAAUCAAUCAAAUCAAUCUAGUGUAAAUUGGGCAAUCGUCAUGUCCGUAAUUUAUUUAAGGCAUUCUCUGGCGUACUGUAGUUUGGGAAGGAAUGAGGCAGGCAUUUCCAUCGCGUUAAAUGAAAGGCAGGCUUGUAGUUUGUUUAAUUCCUCAUCGUUCACUAGGCUCAAACUGAUGAACUAGAGCUUCCUUGCUUUCAAUUCAGUUUUUAUUUUUGUUCGUUUAGGCGUGGAGAUGAAUAUUUGUUGCCAAUGACCAGACGUCGUCUUAUUUCGUACGCUUUUGUCAUUGUAGUCAGUACGGUUUUUAUUUUUCAUGUUGUAGCGGAGGAAACAAACGAAAGCUCAGCACUGCAAUAGCUCUGGUUGGAAACCCGCCCAUUGUGUUUUUGGUGAGUUAAGACCUAAUUGUUUUGAGUGUCAAAUUUAAACAUAUCGACCCGAAAAAUAAGUAAACGUUCGCCAACAUUAGCUCGUAUCACGUGACAUUUAACAAGACAGGGCUUCCCUAUCAGCGCACGCUUUCAUUGGCUACUUCGAGCUCACAUGGUAUCCAACAACGAAACUUUUCCCGCCAAAAGUCACUGAGCGGCCAACAUGGCAAAAACGAUAACGUCAGAGGAAACAAUGUAUUGUUACCCAAGAAAGUUGACCGCUCCUAAGUUUUCAUAUUGAAUCUACUAACGUCUUUGUUGGGCUGCCCAACAAACCACAUCAUGACUAGUCCCUCAUGAAAUCAGUCACUUGUUACUACGUAAACCCUGCCUGUGAGGUCAAGUGAUAAAGUAUUAAAUGUUUCCCCGGUAAGAAGAAUAUGUUUGUUGAACUGAGGGACGUUUUUGAUGCCUUAGGAUGAGCCCACCACAGGUAUGGACCCUGUUGCUCGGCGUUUCCUGUGGGAUUCGUUGAUGACAGUGAUGAAAGGAGGUCGAUCCAUUGUGCUCACAUCCCAUAGGUAGGCUGCAUUUUCCUUAUAGGAGGUUUAUUAUACAAUAAGAGUCAUUUUAAUUUUCUCGCACGACGUCGUUUAUUCAUUUAUUCGUUUAUUUGUUUAUUCGUUUAUUCAUUUCAGCAUGGAAGAAUGUGAGGCGCUGUGUACAAGACUGGCGAUCAUGGUGAAUGGAAAGUUUAAAUGUCUUGGCUCCACUCAGCAUCUAAAGAGCAGGUAAACUUUUCCUAACCCUCGACCGGAAAACUGUUUUAAAUUUGCGUUCGUAUCCAUGUUAUAGAAAUUAGUUAACUUUGGAGAAUUACUGGUAUGUUAAAUUUCUCGACUCUGUCAGCGGGCUAUCAUUGGGUUGGUGGAUUUAGAAACAAAGUUAUGAGGGAGGACAGCGUGGUGGGAGCCCGGGAGAAAUGGAGUCGGGAAAGAAAAAGGUAGGGGGCGGGAGUUCCAAAAGGGUAGGAAGUUAGAGAAAUAGGGAAAAAUUCUGCAACAAUGCUUAAUAUUUCGCAGUCCAUAAAGGGCGAAAUAGGGAAGCUAAGAAAAAGGAGCGGGAGACGGGAGGCUGUUCCCCCCUAAAUUGCAGCGUCGUUGUGGCACGCUAUCUACUCCUCUAUUGGUCAUUUCGAGGUUGCGCGAGCUUGGCCCCUAGGCUGUGAGACAUAAAACAAAAGAAAUCACCUUGAGUUUCAGGGAUGAAUAGUGAUUUAUUUUGCUCUAUCACCCCUUGCCUCGAAACCAACUAUGAAUUUAAAUAUAUCGAAAUUUAGCUCUUCGUUCCCUAUCAAUUAAGGUUUCUGGGAAACUGCCCACCUACCCUUCCCCUGAGUCAACAUAACACCUACUUCUCACUUAGGGCAGAAUGUUGGGUUAUGGGAGGGGUAGGUGGGCAGCUUCCCAAAAACCUUAAUAGAGCGUUUUCACAUGACGUCACGUCCGCCAUAUUGGUGUUCCAAAACAAUGAAACAGCGGCCGUGUUGGUGUACCAAAGCUUUCUUUUGUUCCAACAAAUUUGCAUAGAUGCUGACCACGUGAGUGAAAACGCUCUAUUGCUCCCAAUUCCACACAAUACCGACCAAGUCUCUCCACAACCUCAAGACCACCGGGCUUUAAAAUGGCAGUCCCUUUUUCUUACAUGAACAAGUAAAUAAUGCUUUUGUUUUUCCUCCUAGGUUUGGCACAGGAUACACUCUAAUGAUCAAAGUUACAAGUUCUAUGCCCGCAAAUGCUCAACCAAUAGCAAACGGUUUUCAUCCAGAAGGAGUUCCCAUUGGCCAGCCUCCUCCUAUCUCUAUGGUUUACAGCAAUCCAGUAGCUACGUCUGAACUACCGGAAGUCAACGAGCCUGACAAAUCUCGUCAGGAAGGUGAGGUUAAGUUUCUUAUUGGCCAGUUUAGAAACGAAAAGAGAACUGGAGCCGAAAUGCGUCACGCAGUUGUGUCUGGGGUCGUUACUGGUCACGUGCCGGUCAGCUAUUGGCUAAUUUUUUACCCUGUCCCUAGUAACAGUCCCAGAAGUCUUUGCGAAAGUUAACUCGUCCCAGUUUCUUUCUCGGCUCUCAACUGGCGAAUUGGGAGUUACAGCUCUCCUGCUAAGUGAAUACCCUGGGGGGACUCCAUUAUAAAAGUGACGGGGAUGCUCAUCAGAAAAUUAAAAUUAAACCCCUAAGGGAGACCAAUGUGGGUGUAGCUCAAGCUUAAACUCACCCCUAAAUGACCCCAAAGAGUUAGGGAUCUAAAUAAAUAAAUGCCAGGGACGUUGUGUUCUUUUUUAAAAGUUAGAUUUCUGUGAAGUCAUUGUCACGGUAUUUUUUGUAAAUUUCUUUAUGCACAGCCCUAAGCGAUACCUGAAUGGGCAAAUAUAGUGACUUUCCGUCCCAAAGGCACUAGUGAGACCAAAAUCUGCAAUUUGCACCCUUAAGCGAGAUGAAGAGCAUCCUUGUCACUUUUGUUUGGAGGUCCCCCCGUGUGAAUACUUGCCGUUUUUAUGGUUGUUAAGAUUACAGUAAAGCAAUUUCAAUGUGGUGAGUUUUUUGCUGUAUCAAACCCUGCUCUCUGUUUUUCAGUUGCCACCAAUGGUACCCCAUCAGGUAUCAGUAGCCAUGAUAUUCAACCGUCGGUCCCAGUUCCUACCUAUCAGCCUCCUGCCCAGACCUUUAGCGGCAUUAUUUAUGACAGGGGACUAAUGGAGGCUGUUACCAACGCACAGAACUUUGUCGCUCAAACUUUCCCUGGAGCAAGACUUCUGGAAAGCCAUAAUGUGAGUUUCCCCUUUUUAUGUCGGACUAGUAGUCACCAAAACUAAAGGAGUGCGGACGACAACGAUCGAAGGUCAAAACGCUUUAGCUCCAACGUUGUGCUUUGUAAAAAUAAGAUUCACGUGAUAGAUGGUCAAAACACUUGUGAUAAAAUAAAGAGACAAAGGGCGCUUUCCAAAAGUCAGGAACUGGCCGGCUGGACCAUGGCCUGGCCAGUCAUUUUGACGAUGAAAUAGCUUUUUCCAAGAGGUUUUUGCUGAGAAACCAUCUCCUUCGUGCCAGCUAUGUAGAGUUUAUGUGAUCUGGCUGGAUAGUGUUGAUUAAAGAGAAAAAUUCAAAUUACGACGGGAAUGUUCCGGCCGAUCAGUUCUGACAAAGGGAAAGCACCCUAUAGAAGGUCCAGACGCGCGUUAGGUCAGAGUGCGUUCUGUGUAUUCCAUUCAUUCUUAGUGUAAGUCCAAACAAAGCUGGCUACAUACGUCCGGUGCAUGCGUAAUAGCAACCUGGAGAUUAUGAUUCCGAGGUCCUGUUAAUGCCUGCAAUAAAUUAUCUAUAUUAUGAAUAGAAACCCGCAGCGGCCAUGUCCCUCGUUUUGUAACCUUAGUAGUAUAAAGUGAAUCAAUGACGCCGUUUUUGUUUUUGCGCGAUCUCAUCGGAAUUGAAAGGAACUUAGUUCACAAUACAGUACUUCGGGAACUGAACACUAAUGAAAGACGGAUUCUCAUUCUUUUUGGUUGCUUUUCCAGGGUGUUCUUCACUUCCAAGUGGAGACUGAGGGAUUAAGUUGGUCGUACAUCUUUGGACAGUUGGAGAGAAACAGAGCUGCUCUAAAUAUUAUUGACUAUAGUGUCAGUCAAACCACGCUGGAACAGGUAAAUGGUCCAGAUGAUGUAUUUAGAACUUCUAAGUCCCUCACCACCCUAACGCGUGGCCCUUCAAAUGAAAGCUACUGAGCAGUACUUUCCUGUGGUGCUGUUUAUUAUGCUGUACAAGGUGGUUCUAACUUUUCAGUCUGUGGAUGAAAUCCUGUUGUGUGACCAUUCAAAUAAAAGCUACUGAGAAGUAGUUUCCUGUGGUACUGUUUAUUAUGCUGUACAAGGUGGUUCAAACUUUUGAGUCUGUGGAUGAAAUCCUUUGGUGUCACCAUUCAAAUGAAAGCUACUGAGCAGUACUCUCCUGUGAUACUGUUUAUUAUGCUGUACAAGGUGGUUCUAACUUUGGAGUCUGUGGAAGAAAUCCUAUUGUGUGACCAUUCAAAUGAAAGCUACUGAGCAGUACUUUCCUGUGGCUCUGUUUAUUAUGCUGUACAAGGUGGUUCAAACUUUUGAGUCCGUGGAUGAAAUCCUACAGUACUUUCCUGUGGUACUGUUUAUUAUGCUGUACAAGGUGUUCUAGCUUUGGUGUGUGUGGAUUAAAUCCUUAAGUGUGACCAUUCAAAUGAAAUCUACGGAGCAGUACUUUCCUUAAGUACUUUUAUUAUGUUGUUUAUGGCUGCUCUAACUUUGAAGAAAUGUAAACCAGUGUCGUCGUCAAAGUAUAUUUACUGAACAAUAUUGGUGACAUUUUUUGUGUAUAUCUCAAACAGGUGUUUAUUAACUUUGCUAAAGAACAACAUUCAGAAGAAAGGACCUCUGUGAAAAAGACAUGUGGAUGUCUGCCCUAACAGAAUUUUCAUUGUCAACCAAACGUAAUUCCGACGAAAAAUCACCUCAUGAAUAUUUUAACUAUCGGUUUAUUUAAAAUUUUUUAAAACUUCUAGACUUUCAACUUUGUCAGUUAUUCAAGUUUGGAUGAAUUCGCUCGGUCAUAUGUCGAUAUGCACUGAUCAAAACGUAACUUAAACCCUACCCCACCCUAAUAUCAGUUUUGAUAUACUCUUUCAUAUACUCUUUUCCUUACACUUUGCCUUGGCAAUGAUAAGGAGAAUUUACUGAACAAUCAAGAUCUUUAUCACUUGUUGAUUAUUUCAUAUUUUCUCAUGAGCUUUACGUUUGAUUGGGUAGUGUUAUUUCAAAGAGAAAUUAGAUGCAUGUCACGAUAGCCGUUGCGGCGGUCUGAGUACCCGGUGUUAUACUUUUAAAGCUGUUCUGUUACCGUUAAAUUCUGAAAAUAAGCCCCUUCAUGUAAAAGUCCCUGCAAGUACUUGAAAAGCCCAAUCUAUUUUGAAACGCAAAUUUCCCUCCGUAGAUAAGCCCCUCCAAAAAUAAGCCCUUCAAAAAGGGCCUUUGAAAAAUAUAAGCCCCGGGGCUUAUUUUCGGAAUUUUAUGGUAUUUAUUAUGGAAUCUAUGUGGCAACCUCUCCACCUAGAAUAAUGAAUUUCUUCACUCCUGUUCUAACAAUUGUAAAAAUAGCCAAGCGAUCUCUUAUCAGCAAUAAAUUAUAUUUAUAGGAUAGUACUAUUUAACCUCGCCAUGCGGUAUGUUGUAAAGUUAUGUUUAUUUAUCUGAGAUUCUACGGGUCAGAAACUCCACAUAUUUCUAUGAAUGUGUUUCGUCCUUACUAAAACAAUUGUAAAAUUCACCAGCCGAUUUCAAAUCAGCAAUGAAUGAUAUUUGUAGUAUAAAAACUAUUCACCCUUUGUGCAAUCCAUUUAUCUAGGCCGCCUUUGGUUAUGUCUAGAAUUAAUGCUUUUAUUGAAUUCUUUCUUUACAUAGUUUUCUUUAAGCGCUGGUCGCUGGUCGUGGACACUUGGUAUUGCCUUACAAGAAGUGCGUGCAAGCUUU